AUGGUUCCUAAUGACUGUGGAGAUAGGGUAGGAGGUGAGGGUGUACCUCCUAAUAUCUGGGAAGUGGUGGUUUAUACAGGGUUGCAGGAAAUUACGGGUGAGAAGAUCGUGAUUAAGCACCUGUCGCUAACGAGCAUUCUGCCUGACACUUCGCAGUACAUGACUUACGAGGGAUCAACCACCCACCCUGGUUGCUGGGAGACAACCAUUUGGAUCAUUCUUAACAAACCAAUCUACAUGACCAAACAAGAGUUAUACUACUUGAGACUGCUGCAACAGGGCUCUCAACAGACCCCCAAGGCCCCCCUGGGGAACAACGCUCGUCCCCCGCAGCCCCUCUACCACAGGACUGUUCGCACCAACAUUGAUUUCCAGGUCUCUGAAGAAUUUUCACCAAACAAGAAUAAAUGCGAGAUAACCAUGCGGAAGGAUAUGUAUUACAAGGCGAAUUCAUGGGGCAGACAGAUGAACGAGCUGUUCCCGGUGUGACCAAGGUACGAGGAUAUCAGCUACGAUUACAAGGAAGCAAUAAACCUGCCCGGCAACUGUAAAUAGAACAAAAAUUCAAAGCAAUACGAAACCAAUGGACUGUUCUUGAUAGAAAAGUAUUAUUACAGGUAAUGUUAAAGCUGUUGUUGAAUGAUGUAUCGGUGUUGGCAAGGGGAGUAUUGUUUGCGAGCUAACAUGUAUUAUUAGAUAAAUUAAUUGAUGUGUAAUAAUGGUUAUGUCAUAGAUAACAAUGCUUUCGAAUUUGGUUUUGGUUACUCUUACAUACUAAUAUAGAUUUUUCGUACAUAGGUACUAAGAUUGAGAAUUUGUCAACUCAAAUUGAUGUAUCAUGUUUAUCCUAUAAUUAUGUCAUGUAUGGCAAAUUAUUCUAUUUUAUUCAUUCAUGGUUAAUUUAAACAUUAUAAUAAUAUUGUAAAUAUUUUAUGUUUAUUAAUGGGCUUAGUAGAUUGGCUUCUAUUACAAAAUAAUGUGGAGUGUUUAUUUUCAAGACUAGAAUAGAUAUGAAUUUGCGGGUUUCAUUGGAUGAAUUGUGUGAAGAUAAUUAUUCAAGAUACAUUUGUUGUUUUCGUAUAAUGUUUAUAAGUAUGGAGGGAAAUUUAUAAAAUGAAACUUAUGAGUCUGCUAAUUACAUCAAUUGUUAUUCUUUUCAAAUGAGGGAAAGUUGAUUGAAAUGCUAAUAUACCUGUAUUAUCUAAACUAAAAUUCCUUACCCUGGCAUAUUAUGAAAGUUCCGACUCAGCAAAAUAAUUCAUUAAAAAUAAUUAAUAAUUCAUAAUUCAUUUUUUUCGUAAUUAAAAAUAUGGAUUAUUGUUGAAUAGUAGCGCUCAUCGAAUUUCCAUCUAGCUGUUUACCCUGUUGUCAAUAUUUGCAGUAGCAGAAGUCUUCGAGGUGAAUUACAGCAUUUAAUUUUGAUUUUCGUUUAAUAAUAAUAAAAAUAUGAUGGUGCCCCAAACAGGACUUUCAGUCCUCGGGGUACUUGAAACUAUUUAUUCUUCUAUUGAUGUACAUGAGUUAUUGUGGUUUCUUUGUACAACGUGUAAUUAUAUUAUUUUAUAAUCUCUAUUCUUAUAAUCUGCAAUAUUGUUGUGAUGUACUCUACUUUUCAUGAUUUUUGAUUAUGUGUAAUGUAUCAAUUGGAAGAAUAAAUGAAUUUAUUAUGAUUGGUAUGAUGUUUGUAGUGAGGUCCACGUUA